AUGAAUGUCAGGCAGUCGAUAGACAGAAAGGACAAGGAAGAUGGUCCGCCCGUGCCGUUUGAUGAGGUUGAAGAGAUUCUCAAGACAGUCCCCCGGGCCCGUGACUACUCCGGUGCCCAUGAGAAAACGGACCCAAGAGAGAUUGCACUCGUCAAGAAGUUAGACUGGUGGAUCAUGCCUAUCCUAUGGCUAAUGUACUGGCUCAAUUAUCUGGAUCGCAACGCCAUUGCCCUGGCCCGUCUCAACAGCAUCGAAAAAGAUCUCAAUCUUACAGGCACACAAUACCAAACCUGUGUAUCUAUUCUAUUCGCUGGAUAUGUUAUCGUUGGCAUCCCGGCCAACAUGGUUGUCACGCGCAUUAGGCCGAGUAUCUGGAUGGCAUCGUGCAUGACUGUCUGGGCCAUCAUCAGUGGCCUCACAGCACUCAGCCGCAACUACACAGGUUUGCUACUUACGCGAUUCUUCCUUGGAAUCUCAGAGGCGCCUUAUUACCCUGGCGCAUUGUAUAUCCUUGCACGAUUUUACACUCGAAAGGAACUCGCGACGCGUAUUUCAAUUCUUUACACGGGGAAUAUUCUUGCCACUGCGUUUGCUGGGUUGAUUGCAUUGGGUAUCUUUGAGAUGGAUGGAAUGGCGAAUCUCGCUGGAUGGCAAUGGCUCUUCAUCAUUCAAGGCGCAGUGACCCUCCUCGUUGCCAUAGCGGGCUUCUUUGUCUUGCCUGACGAGCCACUCACCACUCACUGGCUCACGCCCGAAGAACAAAAGCUCGCCCACGAACGUACUCAGCGCGACACUGUAGGGAACUCAGGCGAGUCUACAAGCUGGACGGGUAUCAUCUCUGCUGCCAAAGAUCCCAAAGUGUGGCUGUUUGUGGUGAUGCAACAUUGUCAUCUUGGAGCGAACGGGUUUAAGAACUUCUUCCCUACAGCUGUCAAGACGCUUGGGUUUAACCAGACUAUUACACUUGUUUUGACUUGUCCUCCAUAUUUGAUUGCUGGCGCGGUUUCGAUUGCUUGGUCCUGGUCAUCGGGAAGAUUUAACGAAAGAACAUGGCACAUCACCAUUGCAAAAGCUGUUGCAGUAUUUGGCUUCGUCCUUGGAUGUGCUACCCUUAACACGGGUGCUCGCUACUUUGCCAUGUGUGUCUUCUCCAUCGGUACCUACGCAGUCAACAGCAUCAUCCUCGGUUGGGUGUCAGCCACCUGCUCCCAGACAAGGGAAAAGAAGGCAUGUUCACUCGCUAUCGUCAACUGCAUUGCGGUAGCUUCUUUCAUCUGGACACCCUACAUGUGGCCUUCCUCCGAUGAGCCUCGGUAUACGAUGGCAAUGUCUUCCAGUGCAGCCUUGAGUGUAGCGACUGCCAUUGGAGCCUGGGGCAUGAGAUUCUGGCUAAUACGAGACAACAAGAAGAUCAGACAGUCCGAGAACGAGACUACUCUGUACUACGCUUACUAG